AGAUGGCUGCAGGAACUCGCUCUUCAGUCCGGUUUUGGAGUGAAUUUGAUCUACCACGUUUAAAGAAGGAACUGGACGUGACGGCCACAGAACUGGUGGACAGACAGGACGCGAGCGAUGCAGCCAGGUCCCGGCUCGUGCAACUCUGCCGGGAAUUCAAGAAGACGGCGCCCCACGACGUCCGGUGCCUGGUGUCUCCGCUGCUGAGGCACUUCCAGGCCGAAGUGGAUCGCCUGGGAGAGCGAAGCCUGGCUGCCGAGGCCGCCUUCCUGGCGCUCUACAAGAGGCUGCUGCGCGCCGUCUCCGCCGCCCACUCAGUCUCGACAACGUCUCCGUCGAUUCCGUGCUUCGAUGGCACGUGGAUUUCAAAAGCUGCCAUGGCCGCGGCUGCUUGUGAAAACAACAUUUUCGAGCAACGUUGCGGAGGAACCCGUAUUGACGAUCCGUGUGCACACAGAGGCAAGCCUGGAAGCGCAGUGCAACAAAAGACGCUAGCUGCUCUGGCGCUUUUCAAAUUUCUACGAUGGCGGUCUCGGAGGAGCACUCUGUGUGCGGCGUUUGGAUGAAUCUGUUCCCUCGCCGAUGGACCGCAUCUAUAGUCUUGGACGGUAGUCUGUGCUCCUCGGCAUUACCAGGAAUAUUGUAACAUUUUCAAAAUAUAUUUUCCGAGGCUCUCUUGAGUCAGCCUUCUGAAUAUCACCGUUAGGUACCGGUGGCAAUAAAAUUAUUCUAUGUGAUUUAA